CCGUCCUCUUGUCGUUCCGUGGCCGUUCGCUGCUCUCCGACCGUCUCUUCGGCGACACACUCGAGGUCAGUCCCUCUGUUCUGCUCAUUCCAUGUCUGUCGAGUCUUCCACUCUUCGCACGUCCAAAGCCGAGCACGGGCUCGUGCUCGGCAGCCAGGGUUCUGUACCCCAAGGCGGCCAAGCGGAGCAGCCGGGUUCCCCAUCCAUUGAGGAAAUCGCGGCCGUAGAGGUGCCCGGGGAAACCGAGCCCCGCCUCCAUAAGCGCACAUUGCUCGUGGACUCGCUCAUCCUCGAGUGCAAGUGCGACUUGUCGAGUGACGAGUUCCUCAAGGCGGUGCGCUACGCUGGCCCCCUCAAGACCGUUCGUCGCCCUACCCCGGAGGAGUCGGUCUUCGACGCUCCUCCGGGCUACUUUGCCAUCCAUCUCAAGUCCCUUGAGAGCGGCUUCCGCUUCCCCCUCGAAUCUUUGGUCAUCGACUUCUUUAAGUACUUUGACUUCCUCCCGUGUCAAUUGGUGCCAAACUCGCACCGGUACUUGGCGGGGUUCUUGAUCCGCUGUCGGGAGAUGGGCGUGCGUGCCGACCUUGAGCGCCUACUGACCCUGUUCCGAGUGGCUAAGUCUUCCAGGUCGGAUGGGGGUUCUUUUGCCGCCCUCUGCCAGCGGCAAGAGAGACUUUUUAAAACCAAGAAGGAGUCCAACAGGACUUGGAAGUCCAAGUUUGUCUUCGUCUCCGUGGGGUCAGCCUCCCCCUUCCGAGACACUCCCCUCAGCUCUUUUCGUAGACGAUCCAAACCCUUUGCCUCUUCCAAGGCUAUUGCUGAUACGGAUAAGUUGUGUUCGGGUGGCCAUUACGAGCCCGGGGUCUUAGUGAAUGACGAAGCUCUUGCCAAGUUCGGGUUCGUCUUCCAUGAUGAGGACGAGCCCAAGCACAGGAGCUUCAUCCCUCCGCCAGACCGAAUGGAGAUAAGUUCGGCCGCCACGCAGGACCUCGCCUCCACUCUCUUGCUCGAGUUGGGCUCGGUGGCCAUGCGCGCCCCAGAGCUGGUGGAGCGCUUCGAGUGGUAUGUGGCGGAGAAGGCCAAGGGCGAAGAGGAGCUUCGGAGGCUGCAGGAGCACAUGGCUGGCCUCGAGGGGAAGCUCGCUGACGCGGAGGAGCGGGCUCGAGUUGCGGAGCUGGCCCGCAUUGCUGCUGAGGAGAAGGCGCGCCAUCUUGAUGAGGAAGCCGAGCAUGUAAUUGAGGCCUUUCAGACCUCCCCUGCGUUCGAGGAGGCGGCUCAAACUCCGGCCGGCCAGCGUCUCCUUCUCAAAGAAGGGCAAGCCAACUAUUCCCUGGGGCUGCAACGGGCUCAAGAGGUUUUGCUCGAGCGGAUCCGAAAGGGGAAGGAACUCCCGAAGCCAUGCGAGGACCCUGAGGAGUUUGACUCAUCCAUCUACUACUCCGAGGACGAGGACGCCAAUGGUGGGGGCGAGGACACCGCCGGUAACUGAACGCAGCUGGGCCCACCGAUGAACUCCACCCUUAGUUUUUCUUUUCUUUGAUGUAAUGUUCCUGCGCUUGUUUCUG